CCUCUCUGCCUCCGGAGCCGGUGAAAAAUUCGUCUUUUCUAUCUCCUUUCAAGAUGGCGAGCAAUAUUAUCAUGUUCGAGGAUAUAUUCGUGGUCGAUAAGCUAGACCCUGAUGGCAAAAAGUUCGAUAAAGUUACGCGUGUUGAAGCAAGGAGCCACAACUUGGAAAUGUUUAUGCAUUUAGAUGUUAACACUGAGGUUUAUCCACUGGCUGUUGGUGAUAAGUUCACGCUGGCUAUGGCUCCCACGCUUAAUCUCGAUGGAACUCCUGAUACCGGAUACUUUACUCCGGGAGCAAAGAAAACACUUGCAGAUAAGUAUGAAUACAUCAUGCACGGGAAGCUUUACAAGAUCUCUGAGCGUGACGGCAAAACUCCAAAAGCAGAGUUAUAUGUUUCGUUCGGCGGCCUCCUGAUGUUGCUUCAGGGAGAUCCAGCUCACAUCUCUCACUUCGAACUUGACCAGAGGCUCUUUCUACUCAUGAGGAAGCUUUGAGAUGCCAUUGUCUGAUCACUUUCCGAGGAUUUUCCCAUAAAAACCGAAUUAACAGAGCUCUCUUAUAAAGCUUUAUCUUAUGU